AUGUUUUUUGUGUCACAAAUCUUUAUGGCACAUACUAGCGAAAUGGAAUUUAAUGCUGCUAGUCUGGCUAGUUCAACGUACGAAAUGAUUGGCACAUCAAUAUGUUGGGGCGUUCAUUUUGCAGCUGAUACACUUUUACCGCAGUGUUUUGAGGGUAUUUCACUCCUCCUUCAAAAAUAUAUUUGUACGAACGGCAUCACAUAUCCAUUGGUGAUUAUUAAUCUAAUCGGAAAUGGAAUUAAUGCUUUACUACAUUAUAUACUGAUAUAUAUUGUUCAUUUGGGUAUUAGAGCUCCGCCAAUAGCAAUAACCAUUGCCUAUAUUUGCAUGAUCAUAUGUGAAAUUUUAUUUAUUCGUUUUUCUUCAAUUUACAAAGAAACAUGGCAGCCUCUAAACCGUGACUGUUUACGUGAAUGGUCCACGUACCUUCGUUUAAGUGCUCCUGGUAUUUUAGCCACAAUGAGUGAAUCGUGGGCAUUUGAAUUAGGCAUUCUAUUCGCUGCUAGAUUAAAUUCAUCUACAUCACUCAUUGCACAAAGCGUUGCCUAUCAAAUAGGUAUAUUUCUAUUUCUAAUUGGUCAAUCGUUUGCUGUUGCCAGUAAUAUUCGUAUCGGCCAGUAUCUAGGUGCAAAUAAACCAGAUGAAGCGAAAAACUGUAAAAAUAUUGCUUAUACGAUGGGAAUAAUUAUUGUUCUUAUCGAUAUGAUCUUCAUCUACUCGACAUUCCAGUGGAUACCAUUGAUAUUUAACAUUAGUGAUCCAGAUGCGUUAAAUCUAACAAGAAACAUUCUUCUCGUUGUAGGACAACAAUAUAUGAUUUAG